AACUAAUAUGUCACACACUUCAUUGAAUUUCUUUAUAGCUUUGUUUUGUCCUUUGUCUUACACAAGUAAAUAAUUCUUAAUUUAAUACCGAGCUUAAUACAAUAAUUUUUUCUGAUAUUUUAGUUUUCACGAAGUAAACUGUGGAGGAAGAUUAAUUUAAAACUACAAACUCAAUCGUGUGGGCAGAACAGCUGUAUUGGUUUGAUAGGAAGUAUGAGCCUACUCGCCCUCAAAGACGUAUAAUUCUGUUUUCAUAUCAGACGAAACACCUCCGCAAUAUGCAAAUUCGCUUCAGCUUAAAUCGACGAAAUCUACAUAUUCAUAUAUCAUUACAAACCAAAACAGCUAUCAGACGUGUGUGUGUUCUGUAUUAGUCGUUUGUCUAUAAUGGCUUUUGGAUCAAGAGGUCAAUCUUCACUCGUUCCUUAAGCUUUAAAAGAACACCGAAUUUAAGGAAACAUCGACGAUAUAUCAUCUUUUAAACUCGCUCCCUGGAUUUGGUGAAGAAUUCAACUUGUAUACAAGUGUUUAUCAGGAAAAGUGUGCAGUAAGGAACUCAUUUGCAUCGCUUGAACGGGAAUUCUCGUCGGCCAGCUUCAGGCUAGAAAGAACAAGUUUAUUCAAGAUAUUAGCGCCUUUGGACUUCACUUCCUUCGAAAAACGCUGUUCGUAACUUCAGUAUUUUCGAAGGCAGGGAUCUAUAUACUGUGCUAACCAGCGAAGCCAAAGGAGGCGACCGAAAUCAAAUUUAAUUUCAGCGAAUUUAUUGCUGAGACGCCAGGGGAGCUAUUAAAGGAUACAAAAUAUAUAAUUUUGAUCGCCUAUCAGUGGCCUGAAUUCGCCGUUAAGAAUUUGAAAGUGAAGAUUUUGUUCUGGUAAAAGGUCUUGGAGUCCCAAGACAACUUAUAGAUAGUACAAAAAUACAAAUUUAACUCGUCGAUUAAAGUAUAUACAUAUUGGCUUGAUAACCGCCGUAUAAUUUUCAACGGGCCAACAUCGUAAUUAUAUCGAAAGUUGAGAAUAACGUUUUCCACUCAAAUUAAAGACGAAGCUCAAUAUUCUUUGGAACUAAGUAUAGUCAAAAUUUAGCAGUGAAAAUUUAGGAAACAAAGCAGUCGAAAUUUAGGAAAGAAUCCUGAAAAAUUAAUACGUUAAGAUAAUCGGAGCAGUUUCGAAGUGUAUACGAGAACAACUCGGGUUCGUUGGCUAUAAAAAUCCAAAUCAUUUUAGAGUUAACAAAUUUAUAUUGUGGUUUAAACAACAUUGUUAUUCCAAAUCAUUUCUGAAGAAGCAAUUUGGGUGGAUUGAAUAAGAAGAUAUUAUUUUAAUCACACGUAUACACUGUCUUGCGAAUACAAAAGCCUUUAUAACUUCCUAUUGCAGGUUGUUUUUAUUUUGGGACUAAAUUAGACGUAAUUGUACUUUCUUCAGAGCACAAAGGGGAACUUAUCCUUCUGAAGACUUACAAUUGAACUAGAUCGUCAAAGAUAAGUCGAAUAUUUGUUCGUAUUCUAACGGUUUCAACUGCCAAUAGGCAGAAUAGGAGAAAGUGGUUGGGAAUAGACAUUUCAACUAUCGUGACAAUAUUAUUAUAAGGCACUGUUCCUAUUUUCCGUAACUGUUUGAUAGGCAGAAACUAUAGAAACGUUUCUUUCAUCAGACUACAAUUUACUCAAUCUGUUCAGAGGAUCGAUCAGCGAUUAUUGCUGCUGUAGAAAGGUGUUUAUUUGAAAAGGCAGAAAGAUCAAAUCUAUUAUUGGAAACUUGUUUUAGACCAAAUAAUUCUCGAUCAAAGAAAUCGAUUGAACUGCUGUUCAUGUUCUAACUGAAGGAAGGAAUACCAUACAACAUAUUAAUCUUCAAAGUCAAAGAAAUCAACUAAAUAUCGACACUUCCUCAGACAAUUUAUCAAUUCAAUAAACAUCUGUCACCCGUUGAGCAGUUUCCAAAUAUACAAAAAUGAGUUUGGCAAAGUUUUAUUCCAUGUUGAUCCGUACCAAAGAUGUUACGACGAAGGUCACCGAAUCAGCGCUACACCGGUGCCUAAAUGUAUUCGAUCUAACAUUUCUCGGAGUCGGCGCAACUGUUGGUGCGGGCUUGUACGUUGUUACGGGCCAAGUUGCGAAGGAAAUGGCCGGUCCAGGAAUCGUGUUGUCGUUCCUGAUCGCCGCUGUAGCUUCAAUGUUGGCUGGGUUAUGCUAUGCGGAGUUCGGUUGCCGGGUUUCGAAAGCAGGGUCCGCCUAUGUCUACACAUACGCAACGCUUGGGGAGUUCUGGGGGUUUGUGAUUGGCUGGAAUAUGAUUCUCGAAUAUAUCAUUGGCAAUGCAUCGCUGGCUCGUGGACUUAGCGACUACAUAGAUUCAAUCUUUGGUGGAGCAAUAAAGGAUUUCUUCAUUACAAAUAUCGGUUUGUAUUUUGUAUUUAAGAAAUGGAAAACAUUUUCCGUGUUUCUAUACUGUGUAUAAAAACACGCGUGGGUGUUUGGAAGAACGAGAAUUAAUCAGUGGGAAACGAGUCCAAAGGGCGAGUUUUUCCACGUUAUUUCGAGUCCACUUAAACUAUCACAAGUGUUCAUAUAAAUGUAUAGAAACACAGAAAAAAAUGUUUUCUAUUUAUUUUAUAAUACUGAACUUAAGAAACGUUUUCAUAGUAAUUUUUAUAUCGAUUAAUUUACAAAUUCUCAUUACCUCAGUAUAAAAUCCACUCGAUCGGUUGCCCGGCAAAAUAAACAUAGAUUCCGAACAUAUAAGUGCCAAUUAAUGUUGCGAGAAUCCUAAGGAUUCACGCUCCCCAGGCGGUUCACGCUCCCCUGCAGGAUCACUCAAACAAUAUUUCUCGAAAUAUAGCUGAAUUCAUAUUAGAAGACGGAUUUCCGUCUAAAGGCUGAUUUCCACUGUUGCGUUUUUCAUACGUACGUAUACGCACGUAAAACUUCGUUUAAAUGUUACUUAUGAAAUAACCAAAUAGAUAAAGCAACAGAAUUUAGUGUUCCGCAAGUUUUAGCUAGUAUGCAUUUGUUAACUUAUUCAUAAAAUAUUUAAAACUAAUAGAAGGAUUCAAAGUUUUACGUGCGUGUACGUUCGUACGAAAAACGAAACAGUGGAAAUCAGCCUUAAGACGGGAAACUCGUGUGACGGAUUUCCGUCUGAUAUGAAUACGAAACGAAAACCAUCGGACGGAUAAACCCGAAAAAAUAGGAGAGCCUCCAUCCCAGUCUCUUUUGAACGUUACGAGCAGAAACCCGUCUCGAUUUAUUCGUCUGAUAUAAAUUUAAGUUUCCCAUCUAAGACGAGAAACUCGUCUAACUUUCCCGUCGUGGCAGACGGGAAAGUUAGACGGAAAAGUUGAGACGGAAAACCCGUCGUUAACCGAAUUUAUAUCAAGAUGAGUUUCUCGUCUUAUAGACGAGUUUCCAAUCCGGCAGACGGAAAUCCGUCUUUUAAUAUGAAUCCAGCUAUUCUGAGGCGAACUUUGAAAGAAGAAUCAGAAUCACAAAAAAGGUCAUUUUUAUCUUUCCCGAUUCCAACCUUUCACAAAAACAGCUGGUCUUGAAAUAAUUGGGAAGCAGAGUCUCUCUUCCUGCCCGGCCCUCCCCUAAUUUUUAGCUCUGUUUGAACAUCAUAUGUUAUUAUGUUUGAUAAUAAUGUUGACUGACGUUGCAUAGAUCACGUUUGACUGUAUUCGAAAUUUGCAUCUAAGAUAUAGAUCGAGGUCGGUUUAGGCCGCGAUGCAUUUUAUUUUUUUUUAUGGAUGCAAACAAGUCGAUGAGUUACGAAUGUUUAGAUGGGGUUACAUCAUGGGUUACAUAUACUCAGAACAUUCAUAGCCUAUCUCUCGUGCACAUCCAUCAGAAAACUAAAAUCGCACUAGAAAUUGCAGCAAAAAUUUGCAAGUGUUAAUGGGCCUUAACGAUACGCGUGACUGAUUGAUUUCCAUUGUAACCAUGGAUAUUUAAGUCUUUUGAACUUUGAACAACCUUGAACGUAAUUUGAAGACGCAUCUCAAAACAGUCCAACAUACGGUAGUUGGAACGAUAAUGCUAGACAUUCUGUAUCAUUGCCGGCAAUUACUAAUUAUUAUAUAAUAACGUUAAUUCAAGCGCUUUCAUUGAUCGUGAGCCAUGAUCUAUUAGAGGACUAGCCUGCGUUGGUUAGCCAAUAGCAUUCCCUUACCUGUGCAGAUCAUAUAUACGCGUGAUAUUUGUAAAAUUUCGACUUUCAAAUUUCCAAAUGUUUGGGUGGUUAAAAAGUAAGCUAUUUACCUGUUUAAUUCGGGGGUUUUCCUUUUAUUACAGGAAACAAAUAGAUAAGAUUUUACCGUUGUCUGUUCAGUCAGUUAUAGAUGAUACACAGUACAUCAUAAUGUAAGGCCAAAUAAAAAACAAACUUGGUUAGCGUCACAGCCCGCCUCUCGAUUUCUGCCGCCUCUGAAUAUUUUUUUUAUGUAAAUCUCUUCGUUUUACAGCUUAAAACAGUUUAAUAUUUGAAAUUUUUCUCGUGCUCAGACCUUCGGCGCUACUAUACCGAUUGAUAGGAGCGCGUGGGCUUGGGAACAAGGUUCUUAUAGCAAAAUGGCGGCCUUCGCAACAUCAGUACAAAAAACAUCACCGAUAUGGUGGAAAAAAAUACUAUUAAAAAAUUUUAAAAACGAGUAAAAAUAAGAAAAAAACACCUUCCAGCCUUUGAAAAUUUGUGAGAGUGUGACGCUAACCAAGUAUUUUUUUUUUUGCCUAACUAUAACAUAAUAAUGGGAACCACUCAAGGAAUAAAGAGUGAAAGCAAAGGCAAAAAUAAUGUUUAAAACGCUCAAUAACAUGGGACCAAAUUGUCUCAAAGAAUUACUUACUUUCAAAAAAGAAAUAUUAAACCACAGUCGUCGUAUAACAGUACAGCUCAAAUACCAUACGCAAUUUGCCCAAGCCGAAAUACAAACAAUAUGAAAAGAGUUUCAUGUAUGAUGGAGCUUCCAUAUGGAACUCUCUGCCAAAAAUAUAAGAGAAAGUAAUUCGCUCUCUUAUAUUUAAAAGAAAAAUCCUACCUAUACCUUAUAAAUAAAACCACAUCAUUAUAUUGUAAAUAGCAAACUUAUUGUAUAUAUUUUCCUGUGUUGGUGCAAUGUACUCAGGUGAAUAAGAUGCUUGUGAUGUUACUAGCUCUGAGUGUAUUAUCCACACCGGGCAGGCUUGAAAAAUAUGCCUGGCCACGGUGGGAAUCGAACCUACGACUUUUGGAAUACUAGCCCAAUGCUCUGCCAACUGAGCUACGCGGUCAGGUCGGUUCGAGUAACGAUAUCGAAGGAACUAGACUCAGUUCCGAAAUAUUACAUACUCGAACCGACCUGACCGCGUAGCUCAGUUGGCAGAGCAUUGGGCUAGUAUUCCAAAGGUCGUAGGUUCGAUUCCCACCGUGGCCAGGCAUAUUUUCAAGCCUGCCCGGUGUGGAUAAUACACUCAGAGUAACAUCACAAGCAUCUUAUUGUAUAUAUUUUAUAUUCUGCAUGUUAGUAUACUUCCUUAUUAUUUUAUUUGUAACAAUGUGUUAAUGUUUCUACACGCCCAUUGAGGAAACCAGCUUUAGCUGACAAUGUUAGCGUGGUAGUAAUAAAGUUUAUCAUCAUAAUGUGGGAUCGGAAGAACAAAAAAGUGACCCACUCGUCUCGGCGGCUCGUGAGCUACUUUUUUGUUCUUUCCACAAAAUGAUGUCAUACUGUGUAUAUAAUUGAACAGACAUCGGCAAAAUCUUAUCUAUUUUUUAAUUGGAUGGUUGAUCGUAGUAUAUCAAGAAUUAUCAAGCCAUAUUGGCUGAGCCAGAUAAAAACUCAAUUAAGCCCUCAAUUAUUUGAUAAUUCUCGAUAUAGUUCGAAAACCGAAUAGACCUUUCCCCUUUUGAGUGAAAUUUUGAUCUAGACAAGUCUGGACAAAAAUUUCAUCACAGCUUGAAAGAGUAUCACGAAAUUAUUAAUAUUCCGAAGUUUUUCAGUAAUUUUGUGUUACAAAUGGGAAAUUGGUAAUCAGAUGAUCAAACUGAUUAUCAAUUUCCCGUUUGUAAUGCAAAAUGACUGAAAAACGGCAAACUUCACAAGGCCAUAUUAUCCGCAUUUUACAACAUUUCGCAACGAAACGUCGGAAUAUUACUAAUUUUGUGAUGCUCUUUCAAGCUGUGAUGAAAUUUUUGUCCAGGCAUAUCUAGAUCAAAAUUUCACUCAUAUAAGGGGAAAGGUCUAUUCAAUAAUUAUUUUAUUACACGUAUAUUAUAACAAAAAACAAAAUUGUUUGAGUGAAGUAGUUUUAGGUGUCCUAGGUAAGGGCUUCUUUUUUCUUGAGUUUCGCUUAUCUUUUUCUUUUCAAGAUUUGUGGCUCGUUUAGUCCUUUCCGCUUCUUUUUCGUCUAUAAUAGUCUUUUUCAUCAGUAACCAUGGCGAGUCUUGUCAUGACCGAGGGGCAAAUCACUCCAAAAGUUUGUAAAAGUUCCAAAAAUUAACAAUUCUAAAAUUUAUACGUACAUCUAAAAGAAUACUAUGGAACUUGCAUUAUACCUACCUAAACCUACCUAUGUAUUUAGUAAAAGUAAUUUAUCCUUAAUAAAUAUGGAUUCUGACGACUGCUUUGGAACGAAUAUUUCUAACAAAUGUUUUUUAUAUCUAUUCGGAAAAAUAUAAUUGCGUUUUAAUACAUAGUUUCACCAGAACAUUGAAAGUAAUAAGAAAAUAUUGUUUUACUUCCUACAAAUCGUCUAAUCAUAAAAUAUCCGGACUUUCGAAAGUCCAAAAUUCUCCUGCACUUUCUGGAGUGAUUUGAGCAUGCCUCUCGGUCAUAAACUUAUUUUUUCUUUGCAUACGUAAACAUGCAUGUUGGCUUGGCGAUUAUUUUCUGUAGAACAUGUAGAGAACUAUUAUCUGCAAAAGUGACGUCAUAAUUCCACGAUAUCAGUAUUUUAUUUGUUGUUCAUUUCGCAUUUUCAUUCCUGAUGUUAACGUCUUCCUCUUUUCAGGAUCAUGGAAAGUCGAUGGCAUCGGUUCCUACCCUGAUUUUCUGGCAAUGCUAAUGCCACUCCUUAUGAUGGCUAUAGUGUGUAUGGGUGCUCAACACUCGACCGUAUUCAACAAGACCGUCACCGCCAUCAACUUAGCCGUUGUCGUUUUCAUUGUCGGCGUCGGUCUGUGGCAUGUAGACACAAGAAACUGGACCCCACGACAAAAUUUCGCCCCGUACGGAGCUUCGGGGAUUCUUGCCGGAGCCGCUAGUUGCUUCUUCUGUUUUGUGGGGUUCGAUGUAAUCGCCACAGCAGGAGAAGAGACUAUCAAUCCUCGCAGAAAUAUUCCUUUGAGUAUCGUGUUGUCGUUACUCAUCUCAUUCUUCUGUUACUUCGGAGUCGCGACUGUCCUCACCAUGAUGGUGUCCUAUAACGACCUCAAACAACAGGCGCCUUUGGCGAACGCGUUUGGCGACCACGCUUUUAAGGUACAGUGGAGUUUUAUAUUUUUCCAAAAAAUAACUUUCCUUUCCAACUGACAUAAAAUUUUCAUGAUCACAUAUAAAUUGUUGAGGUUUUGGUCGGAACUAACUAAGAAAGAUUAGGAAGAAGUUCGAAGUGUUACCAGGCUCAGGGGGCCAAUCGUCACAGUCAUCAACUUAGCCAUGUCGACUCACGACACUUGUGUGAAAAGAGUCGACGCUCUACAAAAAGGCGUGGGUAUUCUCCGAGUACUCGGUCCAGUUUCCUCC